CUUGACUCUUGCCGUUGAACUUCAAUGUCCUCCUCCUCAACGACUACGAACCGCCAUGCCCUCACGGCCGUCGAGAAACAACGUUAUCAGCUUGAAAAACUACUCAAAGACCCCGCAAAGCCCGCUUAUGUCCCACCACCACCAAAAGAUAAGACACUCCGACCCGCACGCGAAAUGAUGAAGAACGUUCAGGGAUCCAGCGCUGGUGCUGGGAGUGGUGAGUUCCAUGUGUACAAAGCAAGCAGGCGGAGGGAGUACGAGAGGUUGAAGAUGUUGGAGGAAGAGUCGUUGAAGGAAACGGUAGAAGCAGAGUUUGAGAGAAAGAAACGGGAAGCGGAGGGAAUUUCGAAUGCGAAAACAGCCAAGAAUCGCGCGAAGAGGCAGAAGAAGAAGGAGAGGUCAAAGACCAAGAGUGAUGGUAAUACCAAAGAAGGAGAUGAGAGCAGGCCUGACGCACCAAUAAAGAAGAGACGGUUAGUGAACGGGAAAGAGCUGGUUUUCAAACGACCUGGAGAGGAAAGUGACGACGACAAUGACGAGCAGCAACCAGGCCCGUCGUCUGCUCCUCCGCGUUCACCUAGCCCCGCUCCCCCAGUAGCAAUGGCGGAGACGACAAAGAUCACGAUUCAUGAAAUGUAAUUAUAUCACAUGACCUAUACUUUUUUUGC